AUGACUGAUCAAAAGGGAAAUCAGGCAACGCGCUCCUCUUCUGUUAACCAGUCUUUCCAUUUCCUUGCAGAGCGUUCAGAAAUCGGCGAGUCAAAUAAUAGCCACGUUCAACGCGUUCUUCUCGUCGGUUCCCCCGAACAAAAGUUUCGACAUGUCGUACAAGGCGUACCUGCAAGAGCUCGCCGACGUGGACGAUCGAGUGCCGCUCGGCAGCCGGCUCUCCGCCUCUCAGCUCCAGCCGAUCACGCUCGCCAAGCAUGGAAAGAUUGCGCCCAUCUCGUCGAGAACCAACUUGGUGAGCAGCUGCUAACCGCCUAUUAAGUUCACGAGUCAACAUCUCAGUAUGGUGCCAACAACUCGUUGCCUCCGUCGGCCAAGUCUUCGUCGACCGAUCUGUCCAACUCCUCAGACACCUCGACGACCAACUGGGACGCUACCAUGAGUCUCGCCGAUCGGAUUUACGCGGACAACAUGGCGAGAAAGGACAGGUCGAUGGUGAAUUUGCUCGAGUUCAAUCGCGCUCACGGCAUCGCUACUCCCGCUCAGCCGCGAGCAGUCUCGCCCUGUCAGUCGACCGUCUACGAAAAUCUUCCCAGAUCCCGUUCCAUGGCCUCUCUCCACUCCCAUGCUCCGUCCACGUUUACGGAGAACUCGCACGAGUACGGAACGGUGAUCAACUCGAAAACGUGCAAGGAUGAAGUCGAACUCUACAUCAAAGUGACUGAUUGCUUUGAUUGA